AUGAACAAGCUAUACAUUGGAAAUCUUAGUGAAAACGUGACUCCUGAAGACUUGGUUAAAGUCUUUGAAGACUGCAAGAUUCCAUUCUCUGGACAGUUUCUCCUGAAAACUGGUUAUGCGUUUGUUGACUGUCCGGACGACCAAUGUGCUAUGAAAGCCAUUGAAACAUGUUCUGGUAAAGUGGAGCUGCACGGCAAACGCAUUGAGGUCGAACACUCUGUCCCUAAGAAACAAAGGACCAGAAAACUCCAGAUUAGAAACAUUCCACCACACUUGCAAUGGGAGGUGCUCGAUGGUCUUCUCGCUCAGUAUGGAACGGUGGAGAACUGUGAACAAGUGAACACAGAAAGCGAAACCGCAGUGGUCAACGUCACGUACGGCACGCGGGAACAAGCAAGGCAGGCCAUCCAGAAGCUGAACGGGUACCAGUUUGAGAACAACGCGCUGCGCGUGUCCUACAUCCCCGAUGAGACCUCCGAGGUGGACGGGCAGCGGGGCCCCGACAACGGCCGUCGCCCCGGUUACGGCCCCCGCGGCCCCCGCCAGGGCUCCCCCAACUCCGGGGGCCCCUCCAAACACCAGCACGCCGACAUCCCCGUGCGGCUGCUGGUGCCCACCCAGUACGUGGGGGCCAUCAUCGGCAAGGAGGGGGCCACCAUCCGUAACAUCACCAAACAGACCCAGAGCAAGAUCGACGUCCACCGCAAAGAGAACGCCGGCGCGGCGGAGAAGCCCAUCAGUAUCCACUCCACGCCCGAGGGCUGUUCGGCCGCCUGCCGCAUGAUCCUGGACAUCAUGCACCAGGAGGCCAAGGACACCAAGACAGCCGAGGAGGUCCCCCUGAAGAUCCUGGCCCACAACAACUUUGUGGGGCGUCUGAUCGGCAAGGAGGGCCGCAACCUGAAGAAGGUGGAGCAGGACACGGACACCAAGAUCACCAUCUCCCCGCUGCAGGACCUGACCCUGUACAACCCGGAGAGGACCAUCACAGUGAAGGGCCCCAUCGAGGCGUGCUGCCUGGCCGAGCAGGAGAUCAUGAAGAAAGUGCGCGAGGCCUACGACAACGAUCUCGCCGCCAUGAACCAACAGACCCACCUGAUCCCCGGGCUCAACCUCGGGGCUCUGGGGCUGUUCCCUCCAUCUUCUGCGAUGCCGCCUCCGCCCCCCGGAAACUCUAGUGCUGGCGCCCCCUACGGUUCAUUCGGGGUAAGUUCAGCCUUACGGAAAGCACCGGCACCAUCGCCUUUAUCUCUCUAUUACGCUCUGGUUCCCCUCCCGCAGACCCCGGAGCAGGAGACGGUACACAUGUACAUCCCGGCCCAGGCUGUGGGUGCCAUCAUCGGCAAGAAGGGCCAACACAUCAAACAGCUCAGCCGCUUCGCUGGGGCCUCCAUCAAGAUCGCUCCGGCCGAGGCCCCCGACUCAAAGAUGCGCAUGGUCAUCGUGACCGGACCCCCCGAAGCCCAGUUCAAGGCACAGGGCAGGAUCUACGGGAAGCUGAAGGAGGAGAACUUCUUUGGGCCGAAGGAGGAGGUGAAGCUGGAGACGCACAUCAAAGUGGCCGCCACCGCCGCCGGCCGCGUCAUCGGGAAGGGCGGGAAGACGGUGAACGAGCUGCAGAACCUGACGGCUGCGGAGGUGGUGGUGCCCCGGGAGCAGACGCCCGACGAGAACGACCAGGUCAUCGUCAAGAUCACCGGGCACUUCUAUGCAAGCCAGUUGGCGCAGCGGAAGAUUCGGGACAUUCUGACUCAGGUCAAACAGCAGCAGCAGAAGGGAGGUUCGGGCGGGUCGAACCAGGGGUCCCACUGCCAGACCCACGUGGACCCCGGGGCCCCGCAGAGCCAGGCCCAGGAGCCCCAGCCGGCCCGCAGGAAGUGAGGGGCCGGGCCCCUUGGCACGGAAGGCAGCCGGUGGAGAGACCUGCGGAG